CAUUGCAAGAGUUGUAGAAUCUAAGAGACGUCCAUUACAAGUAACACGAUUUAUGAAACAGAAUGAAAUGAAUAUGGUAAAUAGUGCCCUCCCUCUCUCGCAUCUCAUUAAGUGAGUCCCGUUGUAGCUAUAGGUGAAGCUGCCUCUCUCUGCCAUACUGAAGCAGGUGUCCAACAUGGCGAACACUGGCAGCGGCUCUCUCGCGACUAUUCUCUUUUUAUUCAUGCUUCAAGCGGCUCUUCACAAAGGAGCUGCACAGUACCCAGUGGUGAGUCAGAACCUGGUGACAGACAAUGUGUCGGUGGUGGAGGGCGAGAUGGCGAUCAUCAGCUGUCGGGUGAAGAACAAUGACGACUCCGUUAUCCAGCUGCUCAACCCCAACAGACAGACAAUUUACUUCAGAGACAUGAGACCAUUGAAAGACGCUCGCUUUCAGCUGGUGAACUUCUCAGACAACGAGCUGCGGGUGUCGCUGUCUAAUGUCUCACUGUCAGACGAGGGUCGAUAUGUUUGUCAGCUCUACACAGACCCCCCGCAGGAAGCCUACGCUGACAUCACUGUGCUAAUUCCUCCAGGUAACCCCAUCAUCGAGGCCCGGGAUGAGGUCCUGAGCGAGGGCAACGAGACAGAGAUGACCUGCACUGCCAUGAGCAGUAAGCCUGCCGCCACCAUCAGAUGGAUGAAGGGAGAUAAAGAGCUUCCAGGCAAGCCCAGAGUUGAGCUCACCUAUGACAAGAUGUACACAGUAACCAGCCGGCUGACCUUCACCGUCAGCAAGGAGGAUGAUGGUGUACCUGUGGUUUGCAUCGUAGACCACCCCGCAGUCAAGGACUUCCAAGCACAGAAAUACCUGGAGGUGCAGUACAAACCGGAGGUAAAGAUUGUGGUAGAGUUUCCUCAGGGUCUGACCAGGGAAGGAGAGAACCUGGAACUGACGUGCCAGGCCAAAGGCAAACCCCAGCCACAGCGGGUGAACUGGGUGAAGGUGGAUGAUGAUGUGCCAUCCCACGCUGUCAUCACUGGCGGCGAUCUUUACAUCGAAAACCUUAACAAGUCCUACAAUGGAACCUACCGCUGUAUGGCCUCCAACUCAGUGGGGGAGUCUUUCGACGACUACAUCCUCUACGUCUAUGAUGCUCCCACCACUACCCCUAUACCCACCACAGCCACCACCACUACCACCACCAUCACCACCACCAUCUCCUACCCUGAAGGCAAUCAAGACACUGCGCCCAGCACUGAACCUGCAGCUCAUGAUUCACGAGCUGGAGAAGGAGCGCCCAGAACGGUGGACCACGCAGUGAUCGGAGGAGUGGUGGCCGUGGUCGUCUUCGCCAUGCUCUGUCUACUCAUCGUCUUGGGGCGCUACUUCGCAAGACACAAAGGUACCUACUUCACACACGAAGCCAAAGGAGCAGACGAUGCAGCGGACGCAGAUACAGCCAUCAUCAACGCAGAGGGUGGCCACACCAACUCGGACGAAAAGAAAGAGUACUACAUCUAAUCAAAACAGGACCCCUCACUCUUGUGUCCUCUUUGGGACACAAAGCUGUUUUUGGGGCCAGGGUAAGGGGAGAAGUGGGGGCGGGAGGUUGAUGGAGGGAUUUGAGUUGGUUCAGGAUCACUUUUAGUGCGAGUAGAGGGGUCGAGGAGUAGAAGAGAGAUGGGGUUUUAAAGAAAGGCCUGGUUUUAAGCCGUUGUUUAGUCUAGUCUGCAGAUGUAGAUGGAAUGUUUUGUGUGUAAAAAAAAUUAAAAAUCAAAAAAGGACAAAAAAUGGGAGGGUUUGGGUUUUCGGUACAGUGAGAUGGGGAUGGGUAUAGGGGUGGGAAGGUGCGCCAGACAUUGCCAGAAAUCACUGUAGAGAGCUUCACCAUUCAACACCUCCCUAACUGCUGGUACGAAUUUUAUUUAGUUCAACCAUUUGCAGAAAAUUCUGUGCCUUGUUCUAUCCAUAUUUGGAUUUGUGUUGAUCCUCAUUUGCAUAACCUUGUUGCUCCCCUGUUUCCCUGUUUCAUCUUCCCCACUCGUAAUUAUCAAUGUGCUGUUGGAUUUUGUAUGAGGGUAAAAUUACACAGCCACUUCAUUCUUUUCCCUAAAUGUGUCUGCACACAUCGCGCAUCCUCUCCCGCAUAACAAAAACGCUUUCCAGUAUACUGUGAUUUGUCUCAAGCCAUUACUUCCCUCUCUCUUUUUUUCCUGAAGUUUUGACAGCUCCAAAAAUGCAUGGAAUGCUUUACAUAUCAUUGUACAAAGGACAUAAAUGAGAAACAGGUUGGAUGUGCUGUACAUGCCCUCCCUGCCCCCUCCUGAACACAACCAUAUUCAAAACAUAAUCAAAAAGAAGGCAGCAAAAGGAGAAUAGGAAAUGAUUUUAUUGGGCCGAUUCAGUUAAUUCAUGUUUCGCAGCCUCAGUUUUGUUCUUCAGAGCAGACAUACUACUGCCUCUUAAACAAUUACCUUUCUUAGUAAAGAGAAGUACUACAUUAUUUUUCCUUGCUGCACUGCCAUUUUAUUAUUUUGAUUUCUUCCUCUGUUCAGAACAAGUUUUUUUUAUUUGGCUUAAUGCAAGCCCAUUUUCCCCCACCGGCUUUUAUUGAGUUGUAAUGAUGAGGUUCAAUUGAUUUCCAUCUGCUCUCACGCUAGCAUAUUUUUUUCUUACAAAUGGGAAAGUAAGAAAAUGUAAAUUGUUUUAAACAUGUUUUUUUGGCAGACUCUCAGUCAAGAUGCCUCAGUAAUAAAAAGGCUGUUGAAAAAGCAUUUGGUAUUAAUAUUAGCCAACCAGCAGCCAAAAGAUGUUGGUGAACUGUACAUAACUCUACUGAAAAGAGAAACAGCCUUAACCAAACUCCAAACUGAAACAAAUUUAUUUUAGGAACACAUAAGCUGCACAAAAUAUAACACAAAAAAAGUGGCCAUGACAGUCCAGGUUCUCCCAUCAGAGGGUUCAUGUUAUCUCAUAAACACACAAUCCAAUGUAAAUCAAGCCAAUGGAAUCACAGCUGUAUUGUACACUAAUCCUUACUAAGAAAUAUUUUUUACAACUUACUAGAAUUACAAUGGAGUACCAUUGUGAAUUUUAUUGUAUCACGCUCAUUGUGAGUUUUGUCAAAAUGUAACACAAGCAAAUGUUUGGGAAAGAAAACUGUCUUCAAACUGAAAUACUCUGAGAGACAGGCCAGUCUCCACUCCCAUCACACCUUCUAAAUAUAUAUUUUGCUUUGAUGCAGCAGCUUGAGUGCUUCAGCAUUUGAUGUUUUUUUUUGCAUGUGUAUGUGCUGAAACCCCAUUCUUUUUGCUUCUCUAUCUUGCUUUAUGUAUCACCUGCCAAAACUGAAUGAGGAUCUGUUUUGCUGCACCAGCUGGGGAGCACUGAGGAAUGCCAAAAGUAAUUAAUUGUUUGUAACUGAACUUAAUACACAUGUUGUGCUCCGUGGUGGCAAUCCCAUGGGUUGCAUUAAUGCCCUGGCUUCUUAUUAACAUGGCAAUGAGGGUCUAUUUGUGGCAUUGUUUGUCAUUAUUAUGUGUUCACACAGCAAGCAGCUUCCUUAAUGAGUCCUUACUCUAUGUGACAGCUGGGGGUGGAUUGAGGAGGUGGUCUAGGUUGCAAGGUACACCUAAAAGUUUUAAGUUGAAAAGCCAGAGUCAACUGGACAAUCAUCCACCAGAUCAAAUCAGUGGAGAAAAAAGUUGCCUGAUUGACACAUUUCUAUGAUUUACUAUUUAAUUGUGAAUGUCCAAACCACGGCCUAAAGCAUACCUGCUUUAUUUUAUAGACCAAGCUUCUUUUUCUUACCAACGGAACUGCCCCCUGGUGGCCAUUAGAAAGAAUGCAGAUUUAAGGUACUUCCGCAUUGGCCUCAUUGACCCGGAAGCUUCGUCCAUUAUUUAUUAUACAGUCUAUGGUCCAAAAUUAGUCAUCAUGAUUAUUGCACUGUAACUGCUCUUUCAAAAAAUGCAUUUUUUAAGGUGACCACUGCAACUUAAAAAAACAUGCAAAUGAAGAAAUGCAUUCACCAAUUUCUCAACAGAUACACCUGGAAAAAAAAGAACUCAACACAACAACAACAACACAAUCAAAUUAAAAUAUUUUGCAAGUCACACAGAACCGAAUGGACAUUUUUAGAGGACACUAAAACUGAUGAUUCUGUGAUGUUUGAAAAUGAGUUUACAAAGUAUUUGUAAGUUGUUGUAGAUGCUGAUAUUAACGGAGAUAUUGCUGUACCCCCACUAUUGUAAGCUACUGGCAUGUUCAUAUAUUUUAAACAUCCUCCAGAAAUGUCUAUCGUUUUGUAGUUCUGUUUCUCUGAACAGUUGGCAGUGUUUCUGUAUUUGAUUAUGUUUUCUAUAUGUCCAGUGUGUGGCUUUAUGCCUUGAAAAUGUUGCCAAAUUGGUGAAUGCGCUUAAUUUGCUUGCCUUUUAGUAGUUUGAUGCACCUUUUCUCUAAACGCACUGUAUACCUUGUCAGAGUGGUAAAGAUAUCUUCUUCACUUGCUUAUGUUUUCUGAAGUUGCAUUGCGUUGAGCUCUCUCCAGCAAUGUACUUUUAGUUUUCCAUUAUACUUAGUUGUUGUUCUUCAGAAACACCAGUUUAUGACAUAUAUCAGUAUCAAUCAUAUCCCCUAAUACAACCCAUACCAGUUUAUGAUAUAUAACAAUAUCAAUCAUAUCACCUAAUACAACUCAUACCACUUGUACACUGAACACUCUGGAAAAUGGAUUCUUAAUGAUGUUGCUUGCUGUGUGGACACUCAUAUCCAAGAUUCAAUACUUUAUUACCACGUUAAUGCAUUUGAUUGGAAUUUGUCAAUGUGUGGCUUAGAUUGCAACACAUUUACAAUGUGAUAGCUUUAAUAUAUCAUAGUCAUGCAUGAAGACAGCAUUCAGUCUUUCCAUAUUGAGAUUGUGGUUUUGGGGUCAUUCAAAGGCAGUUGAGAAGGUUCUUGUGAACUGCAUUACGCAUAUUUCAAUUUCCUGAGCAUUGUGCAUCUGUGCAUUUUUAAAGUUGUUCAGUAUAUUUUUCUGCAGUUUUAGAAGACAGCAGGUGGGCUGUGGACAUAUUUUUAGCUUUUCCAUUGGAUGUGGCAAUUAUGGCUACAGGAGUGAUGUUGCAGACAAAGAUCAAAGAUGCUGUGUCCAACUCUCUCCAGCUGUUUAUUCUUCUGUGAAAACUUGAGUUAAUUUAAAAGUUCUGUACUCACAAAAGGAAUUACCACUAAGUUAACACUGUAUGCUGAUGACACUGUUUUGUGUUUGUUAUGUGGAUGGGUGGGGGUGGGAAGGGGUUCUGAUUAGGUUCGAUGUUUUACGGUCUGGUGUCUGAUAAAACUAUUAACUGACUUGUUAUCGUUGCUUUAUGAAUCACAGAGCAGAUGUCACUUCAUUUGUAAGACUGAGAUUGUGUGAUUUGUAUUUUACAGUGAGCACUAUUUCGCUUUAGUGACAUGUGGCAGCUUCCAUUUAAAUCAGAUUUCAAAAUAUGUACUUGCCAAUAAAGGAAUAGAACUGAAUAUUGUCUUCUCCCUUAAGGCUGAUACAUUAAUAUUUUAUUUGUGAAUAUUAAACAUUUUCUGGGUUGGAACGGCAGGAGUGUUUCUCCAAAUGUUUUAUUCACAGUAAGAGCUUUUACUCUCCCAAAGUUCCAAAAUAAAAAGGAACAAAAAUAUACAAAAUAAGAUUUGAGUAGGGUUAAAUAUUCAGAAGUGGUGCAGAUUGAAUUUGAAGUAAAUAGCAGAAUGAUAUUUUAGGCUAUUGUAUGUAUGAUUUUAUUUUCUAUUAAAUGCCCAGUGAAGUAAAACAUGGACUUUGAUCUUACAGUGUAACUGGUGUAGUUUUCUCCACAUUAAAUUCUUUUGAUAAUGUCCUGUCUCUGGUUCAUGCGUUGCUGACCGAUGUUACUGCAUCUCAGGUAGAAUGCAAAGUUUAGGCCCCACCUCUAAAUGACAUAAAAACAAGUACAAUGCAUCCUCAUCAAUCAAGUGCAACACGUUAUUUUAGAUUCAAGAGGCAAAAUUGUUGAUAUUUUGCAUAUAUGUUGUACAUGUUUUCUGUAUUUUCCUUAAUAUUUGGUGCACUGUAAAAGAUGUGUUAAGUAUUGCUUUGUGUUGACAUAGGUCAUAAAGAGUACACUGUUCAUUUGGAAUGAAGCAGGAUCAGAAACUUGUUGUGGCUGUACUACUGUCACUUUCAACGGACCGCCGCCUUUGGAAGCUUGUUUGAUUCACGAAAAGUUUUGAUUGUUUCACGAGUCAUUGUUUUUAGAUUGAUUCUUUUUGUCUCUCUGCUGUUCUUGGGAAAUGUUAAUGUGUAUUAAUGGAGAAAAAGGAGUUCCACAUUCCCAUACACAUUUUGUAUUGGUUCAUAAAUAGACAUUUUUACAAAAACAAUGAAAAGUUCUUGUCUUAAUAAAAAAGAAAAGAU